AGCUGCGCGUGUGCUAAUACCACCGCGACCCUCGCGUCCCCGCGCGAUUCUCCACACUGGGGUUGGCUCGGAGGAAGCAUGAGGAUGCGAGCGGGGAUUUAGUUUCGGUGUCUUUUCUCGUCUGGAGCAGAUUAUUACCUUUCUCUACACACGCAGGAACGGAUUUAGCCACACGAACUAAGAUUUGUGGUGCUUGUGGUCAUCACAGAAUAUGAUGCACAGGACUCUGUUCCCAGUGGGCAAUUGGACCGGAAUACAUUCAGAUGCACUGAUGAGUGCUCAAUGAACUCAAGUCUCUUGUGGAGCGUGAGGAAAUUGUAUUUUUUGAUACCAUAAAGGAGGAGGGGGCGAAACUUUGAUUACACAUUUCGUUUUAUUUUAUUUUUCAUUUUUGCCCCGUGGAAACGACAUGGCAGCCACAGAGGCUUGUGCUGCCCCCGUCCAAGCAGAGAGCACAGAGACUAAACCAGAGGAGGCGAAGCCCACUAAUGCGGAGCAGCCCGCCAACGCAGAACCGGCGCCGGCCCCGGCAGAGGAAACGAAAGAGACGACGGCCAACGACGAUGCCACCCAGAACUCAGAGCAGCCACCCGCGGAGCAGCCAGCCGACGGCAAAGCCAAGCCCGCCUCAGAGAACAUCCUGGGUUCCUUCCUGAACAAGAGUGGGCUGGGCAAGCUAAUGGGAGGGGGCAAGAAGAAGAAGGAGCCUGUGGCAGGUGGUGAGGAUGGCGCAGCUGCCGGGGGUGACGCGGAGAAGGACAAGAGCCAGGCGGACGAGGGCAAUAAGGAGCAACCGACCAAUCAGACGGCAGAUGGCGCCGAGGCCGGGGCCGAGGACCAGGCCAUAGAGAAGGCGCCAGAGAACGAUGAAGCGGCAGCCGGAUCUGGCAAAGAUGCCAAGCAGAAGCAGGGCGAGAAGUCCAGUGUGCGAGACUUCAUCCGCAAGCCCGUCGCCAGAAUUUUCUCACACAGAAGCACAGAGAAGAAGGAGGGCGCAGGCGAGGGAAAGAAGCACGGCAAGGUCCGCUCCAGAUCCCUAGACAGGCUGGAGGACGCCGACGCCAGCACCGUCGCCGUGGAACAGACGGAAGACGUCCAGGAAGCGGCAGGAGAGUCUGACAAGGGUGCCUCCCAGACCACUAAACACAUGAAACGCUGGCACUCCUUUAAGAAGCUAAUGGCCCAAAAGUCUCACAAGAAAAGCACAGAUGACACCAAGGAGGGAGAGGGCGCGGAAGGGGGGGCAGAGGGUGCGGGCGACACAUCAACGCUCGACUCCGCAACGAAAGCUGAACACUCCGGCCAGAAACGGUGGAAGCUGAAGAGGUCGUGGACAUUCCAGGGGAUGAAGAGAGACACGUCCGUCACGGGCUUCCACAAGGCGAAGGAGGGUGAAAAAGAAGGCGAGGAGAAAGGAGAGGAGGCUGCAGCGGCCAGUGCAGAGAAUGACCAGGAAGCCGCAGCCGGUUCAGAAGAGCCCAAGGCCGCCGUGGACGGAGAGACGGAAGAGAAGACUGAAGAGAAGACGGACGGCGACGACGACGACAAAGAAGCUGCAGCUGCCCCACAGCGCACUAAAUCGGUGGAUCAGCACGCCAACGAGAUCUGGACCUCGUUCAAGAAGCGAGUGACCCCCAAGUCGAAAAAGUCGACAGAUGCCAACGCAGGAGCGGCGGAGGAAGGGGCGGAGGCGGCGGCCGGCGGUGGGGAGCAGGAACAGACCGACGACCAGCAGGCGGCUAAAGACUCGGGCAAGACGGGCAAGACGAAACGGACGCACUUCAACCGCGCCGUGUCGCUAAAGAACUUCAUUAUGCGCAAGGGUGGAAAGAGCACCAGCGUCGACCUCGGAGGCGAGGCCAAGGAGGAGGGUGAGGGGCAAGAUGGUGUGACAGAAGAGGCCGACGCCAAGGGCAGCGAUGAGGGCACUGCCGACUCAGCUGGGGCAGCGGCGGACACCCCUCGGGCCACAGCAGAGAAGAAGGAGAACGAGAAGGAGGAGCCAGCCACAGCUGCCGCCACCACCACGACUGUCACUCAGAGUGAUGACAAGGCGGCCGUGGCUCAGGUGGCAGACGAGCACCAGGCAGCUGACGGGGAGGUGAAGACGCCUGACGCGGCCGCACCAUCUGCUCCACAGCCGGAGCAGCAGGCCACAGCAGCGGUGGAGUCGCCACGUCCCGCCGAGACGGCCAACGAGGGCGCGGCCGAGGCCGAGCAGCCGGCGGCCGAGGCCAAGACCAACCGGGAGAACGGGUGCCCGGACGGCACGGCGCACAAUCACGAGGCGGCCGACGGCGAGAACGGCGAGGAGGCCAAGCAGGAGAGCCUCAACUGCAAGGAGGCCGUCAUCGACGCCGACGGGAGCGGCAAGGCCAAGGACGGCAAGAUCCUGAGCCCGGACGGGAAGUGCGGAGGCAAAGGAAACGCGGUGGGCCAAAGCGGUGAGUGUCCACCUGCAGACCUAGAACCUAGCAGACAGCGCCGCGAGGGCGAGGGCCACGGCCCAGAGGCUAUAAAGGCAGAAGUAGAGGCUGCUAGGCAAUGUGAGGAGCUAGAGGAUGGGGAUGGAGGAGGAGGAGGAGGAGGGUCUCCUCAAAAUGGAGGCUCCCGGUCAGGGUCAGACGAAGCCAGCAGCACUGAGGGGCAUGACCAGGAGGAAGAGUUGAAGAAGAUGUUUUACGAGGCCGCGGCCUCCAUCGUCCGGUCAGCAAUGUCCGCCGCUGCUGAACAGUUAGAGAAAGAGAUGGACUACCUGGACAGCAGAUUCAAAUGCUCUCCCUCGGCCAACAAUGGCAGUUACCCAGAUAUUGAUGUCAGCUUCUACCACUAAGCAUGCACUAAAAAGCCACUUCCCAUAAACCCUCCUAUCUCCACCCCAUUUACUCUGGGUAUCCAAAUAUCUAGUGUUGUCUUCCUCAUUCAGGAUAGGUUGUUAGGUCUUUAUUUUUUUUAAAUCUAGAACUAUAGCCUUUUUUUGACUGUACCACUGUUAAUAGCCAUAUCUAUAUAUAUAUAAAUUGGUAAUGAUAUACAUUCACUGCAUAUUCCAAAGUUUCCCUUUAAAUUGAAGUUAACAUGAUAUGUUUUGAAAAUGCAAACACUAACGUAUGAGUGUAAUGGUCCUUUUGAUUUGCUCACUAACGGUUGUCUACCCUCUCUCAGGUCAUAAAAGGUAAUGUUCGAGUCCUCACACUGCUCUCUAGAUAUGACUGUCUGUGGUAGAUUUCAGGAACCCUGUGUUAGAUGGAGCCCCCCCCCUGGUUUCGUUACACUGUGAUUUGACCCCCUUUUUCUCCUGUAGUCUUUUGAUGGUCUCUGUGCCAAGUGAUUCUGUCCCCCAGUGAGAUAGCUCCCAGAACUAGACAAAGACUAGAACAACAAAGAGUUUACUGUCUGUCAACCCAAAUGUGUGCCGACUAACUGUAGUUGUACUAACCUCAUUAAUGUUCCAAUUUAAUUUUAAAUAAAAAAGAAAUACUGUUCUAUUUUUUACAAAAAUAUUAUUGUAAUAAAUUUCAUGUC